CGACGUGGCUGGGCGGCCCCGGCCUCCCCGGCAGCGCGGCGGCCAAUGGGCGCGUGAGCGGGGCCGCCCGAUCGUCCCUGCCCCAGGCCCGGGGCGCGCCCCUCCGCUCGGGCACGGGGCGGGCGCUGGCUGAGGGGCUGGCCCGUCCCCUCCUCCCGUGCCGCCGCCGCCGCAGCCGCCGCCGCCGCCGCCGGCCUCGUCUCUCGCUCGGUGCCUGCCUCCCGGCCGCGCUCUCUUCGGGACGAUGGCGCGCGGUGGCCGCGGCCGCUGCCUGGGCCUCGCCCUGGGGCUGCUGCUGGCGCUGGCGCUGGCGCCGCGGGCGCUGUGGGCCAAGCCCACCGUGCGCAAGGAGCGCGUGGUGCGGCCCGACUCCGAGCUGGGCGAGCGGCCGCCCGAGGACAACCAGAGCUUCCAGUACGACCACGAGGCCUUCCUGGGCAAGGAGGACUCCAAGACCUUCGAUCAGCUCACCCCGGACGAGAGCCAAGAGAGGCUGGGGAAGAUUGUUGACCGAAUCGACAGUAAUAGGGAUGGCUUUGUCACCACCGAGGAGCUGAAAACCUGGAUCAAACGGGUGCAGAAAAGAUACAUCUACGAUAAUGUUGCUAAAGUCUGGAAGGAUUAUGAUAGGGACAAAGAUGAUAAAAUUUCCUGGGAAGAAUACAAACAAGCCACUUACGGCUACUACCUAGGAAACCCCACAGAGUUUCAUGAUACUUCAGAUCAUCAGACCUUUAAAAAGAUGCUGCCACGUGACGAGAGAAGGUUCAAGGCUGCAGACCUCAAUGGUGACCUGACAGCCACUCGGGAGGAGUUCACUGCCUUUCUGCACCCUGAGGAGUUUGAGCAUAUGAAGGAAAUUGUGGUUUUGGAAACUCUGGAGGACAUUGACAAGAAUGGGGACGGGUUUGUGGACCAGGAUGAGUACAUUGCGGAUAUGUUUUCCCACGAGGAGAAUGGGCCUGAGCCGGACUGGGUUUUGUCAGAACGGGAACAGUUUAAUGAAUUCCGGGAUCUGAACAAGGAUGGGAAGUUGGACAAAGAUGAGAUUCGCCACUGGAUUCUUCCUCAAGAUUAUGACCAUGCACAGGCCGAGGCCAGACACCUGGUGUAUGAGUCAGACAAAAACAAGGAUGAGAAGCUAACUAAAGAGGAGAUAUUGGAGAACUGGAACAUGUUUGUUGGAAGCCAAGCUACCAACUAUGGGGAAGAUCUCACAAAAAAUCAUGAUGAACUUUGAUAGACACUCACCAUAAUAUGGCAGACUGCCAUAGGCUUUCUUUUAUUGUCUUGGAUGGUUGCUAAGUGUCUAACUUACAGUUGUUGUGUCCCCAAAAAAGCAAGUUUAUACCUCAGAUUGGGGUAAAAAUUGUUUUUCACUCAAAAUUUAUUGGAAAAUGAUCAUCAGUAUUCCUUCAGUAAGAUUUCUCUCACUCAAAACACAAAAUCUUGGUAAAUGGUAAUUCUCUAUGGGGAUACAUUGCUACAGCAUGACUUAAGUUUUUUCCAUUAAAUUUAAACUAAAGGGGAAUAAAACUUGAAAAAGCCCUGUCAUUCAGCAGCUGGGUGGGUUGGUGGGGAGCUGUAUGUGGAGUGACUGCUAUGCAUUUUAACAACCAGGUUUUUUUAUACUUGGCACUGUUGAAUAGUUGAUGAGGGAAAAUUCUGAUUAAACUAAAGUGGUGUCAUCCCAGGUAGGCUUAUUUCAGAGCAAGUUUAAUAUUUCAGAUUCUUCCUUCUUGUCUUUAUACUCUGAGCUGUUACUGUAAGAGGUAUAUAAAACCUCUGUGCAUUUUUCUGUAUGGAUCUGCUAAUGUGCACAAUAAAUCCACAUCUUUGUUUUUUGUUUUUAUAAUAAGAAGCAAUCAAAAAAGAUAAUGUGAAAAAGAAAGGAAUUUUAAAGGUAGGGAAAAGAUGAAUGUCAGACAUUUGAAGAACUAUAGGAAAAUGCUAAACACUUUAAAUAUACUUGAGAAAAUGUUCUUACAUGUAAAUGAAGUAGAUCUGAUCUUUGAAAUGCUGAAGAGAAAUACCAUCUGUUUCCUUGCUGAUCCCAGUUGGAAUGAGGUGGUGGGAUCUGUGGGAAGCCACCCGUUGUGGAGUUCCGGAAUGUGUCCCAUCCAGUCCAGUGUAUCCACGACCCUGGGACAUGCUCCCAGGAUGGCUUGCACCACAGAAUUAGGACAAGGUGAUAUUCCGAGCCAUUGAGUGAACUGGCAAAAACAACUUUCACAGGCUGAAAUUCCACCUUGUAAGUAGAAAGUGAAUGAAAUAAAGGAUCUCCAUGAGGA